UGUCUUAAAAUUUUACUAUUUACUAUAAAUAACAUUUUUAAAAAUUAUUUAAUGUAGUUAAUUGUUUUUGUGUUGUGUCAUACUUAAAUGUUUUCAGAAUCAUGUUUGCACAAAGAAAUGUUAUUUAUUCUAUAUCCAAUACGUUACCUAUGACAAAAUUCGAAAUAUUGGUUUACGGAACUGCUAUUUUUGUGAUAGCUUAUUGGUUUCGAAUACGCUGGCAGUAUAGAAAAUUUUAUGAUCUAGCUAACAAACUUCCUGGGCAUCCUUCAUAUCCUUUGAAGGGAUCUACGUUUGAGUUGCCUAUCACUCCUGAAAAAUUGAUGGCUAAUAUAAAAAAAGCAGCUGAAGAUUUUAAUUACGAACCAGUAAAAAUGUGGAUAGGUCCAAUUUUAUUUGUUGGUGUUUUUAAGCCAGAAGAUGUACAGGUUGUGUUAAAUAGUUCUAAGGCUAUAGAAAAGGGCAUAGUGUAUCAGAUUAUUAAAAACCUAGCCGGUGAAGGAGUUUUUACUGCUUCGGUAGAUAAAUGGCGGAGACACCGUCGUGUUAUUGCCACUAUAUUCAACCCAAAGUUUUUAGAUCAACUUUUUCCUAUUUUCAACAAAAAUAAUAAAAAACUAGUCGAGAAUCUCAGUAAGCAUUUGGAUGACGCUGAACCUUUUGAUCUUUGGAAUUAUAUCAUGUCAUGCAAUUUGAAUAACGUGAGUCAAGCUGCCAUGGGUUUUAAUAAUUUUGAUAAAUAUAAUAUUUCUGGUUUUGUACAUACGCUUAAGAAACUUACAGAAUUUGGUCAGUUACUUGUUAAGCCAUGGUUGUACUCAAAGACAAUAUUCGCUAUAUUUGCUCAUCUAUCGGGUUGGUAUAACCAUAAAGAGAUUAUUGAUAAUAUCACAAAAGAAAUCAUACAAGAAAAACAAAGAGAGUAUAAUUCAAGAAAGUCAGAAAAAUAUGAUGAAAUCGAUAAUAAUUUCAAAGAAAAAAGAACUAAAGUGUUUUUGGACAAAUUAUUGAAAUUAAAUGAUGAAGGAGCAGAUUUUACUGACCAAGAUAUUCGAGACGAGGUGAUCACGAUGACAGUUGCGGGUAGCGAUACAAGUGCAAUAGGAGAAUGUUUUUGUUUACUAUUACUUGCUAUUCAUCAAGAUAUUCAGGAUAAAGUUUACGAAGAAAUCUAUAGUAUCAUGGGUGACAGUGAUCGUUCUGUAGAACCUGAUGAAAUACCAAAAUUUAAGUACUUGGAACAAGUAAUAAAAGAAUCACUCCGCCAUUUUUCACCGGGAGCAAUUUACUCUAGAAAAAUUGAUGAAAACAUUAAAUUAAGCAAUUAUGAACUGCCUGCUGGAUGCAAUGUAUUUGUUACACCUUUUGUCACACACACAAUUCCAAAGUUAUACCCUAACCCCAGAGAGUUUAAUCCUGAAAAUUUUAGUCCAGAAAACGAAAGCAUGAGAAAUAAGUUCAGUUAUCUUGCUUUUAGUGGUGGACUAAGGGGUUGUCUAGGAGCUAAAUAUGCCAUGUUAUCAAUGAAACUAAUGUUGGUGGAGGUUCUUCGAAAUUAUAGACUGUAUACAAAAGAAAAAUAUUCGACCAUAGAGUUACAAUUUGACAUGCUAGCGAAAUCAAAGCAUGGUUAUAAAGUCACUAUUCAGCCUAGAAAACUAUUGAAAUCACAAGGUACAACAGUUUAGUUAUUGAGAAUAUUUAUAAAUUAUUUAAAGUUAUAAUAUGAGUACCAUGUAUAUCAAAUUGUCUUGUAUAAAUUUAUAUAUAUAUUUAAAUUUUGUCAUGUAGUAAAAAAAAUGAAUUAA